UGGAAGUCCAAAGUCUUGCAUCUUUCAGUGAUUAUGUUGGAAUAGGUUUUUACGCUCGCUUUUGCAUCGAAAAACGUAUUUAAAUCGAUUGCGAUGUUGAACAAUCGCGACGAAUUGAUGCGACUGCUGUUGUACUGCUGUCGGCUGCGGUUUCGAAAGUACCCGUCGUUCUACUUCCCAGUAUUUUCCUUUCUCCAGUCGCUGCGGAAGCUGAGCCAAGAUAUUCGGCUUCGUCAUGCUACCUUCCGGGUGGUUCCGAUUCCGAACCUACUGUUCGAUCAGUAUCAGCAGAAUCAAUUGGUCCAUUCGGAACAUACACUGUUCGUUUGCCGAACGGUAUUCAAUCAGUACGUUGUAGAACGGGAGAUAAACUGGAUCAAUCUGAUGAUACGAGCCAGCUGUGAGGGAGGUCGGAAGAAUGAGCAAAGUGAAGGACUGGUAUCCAUCAUACUGAACAGACAGAAUGUGUCGGUACUGUUUCAAAUUUGUCCACUGAAUGGAGUUGCUCCGAACACGAUUUUUGUGAAGGAAAAUCUGUUCCAUGGAUUGGCAGAGAGAUACAAGCUGGGAGAGAGAGAAUUCUGCGGGAAACUGCAACGAGUGUCGGAGCAACAAAAUUUGCCUCUGAUGGCGACGAAGGCUAAUAUUUUCCUGUACAAUACGCCUUACGAUCUGUCGUCGGAUAUGGUUGAUUUUAUCAUGGGAAAGCACUUCGAAACUCCGCGAUUGCUGUACAGGAAUGCAACUUAUCAAAUUACCCUGAACGAGAAGUUUCUGGGGAACACGUUUUACACGAAAAACUUUGCAAUUUUUGCUCAUUUAAGGUCGAUGUACUUCAAGUGUCUGAAUCUAGAGUCCGCGGAGAACAGUUUCGAGCUGCACGGGAUUGUUUGUAAAAACCUAACGAAUCUACAUCAGACUAUAACGUACAACAACUUCGUUCCGUCUCAGAGGCUGGACGAGUUAGCAUUUGUUCCCGUGUGUCCAUUCGGAUUGCGGAAAUAUCAAGAAGAAUUGAGAUCUUCGCUAACUGCCUACCUGAAACAGGAGAACAACUCGUUGAUAGAGAAUCAAAUUUAUCCGAUUUUCAUGCUUCAGGGUGAGCGAGGUAUCGGCAAAUCGACGGUUCUUCGUUCGGUUGCUCAAUUGCUGGGAAUCCAAAUUUUCCAUGGUGACUGCAGCGACAUCAUGACUUCGAUAUCGUCCCAAACUGAAACGAAGCUGAUUUCUGCACUGAACAAGUCGAAAAUUUGCGAACCAUUGAUUAUUGCCUUGCAGAACUUUGAGAUCUUCGGCAUAGACAACGAAGGCCAUGAAGAUCUGCGCAUUUUGACGACGUUUCAGGCGGAACUGAACACCCUGUUCAGUCGUAAGUAUUCACAUCCGGUGAUCGUUGUAGCCUUAGCCAAUGAGAAAGACUCCUCCAAGCCAAAGCUGACCAGCAUGUUCCUCGAUGUGAUCAAGUUCCUAGCUCCUACGGUGACGGAAAGGCAACAGCUUCUCAAGUGGAUCGCUGCCAAAGAGACAGCACGAAUUCCUUCAGCUCAGCUGGCAAAAGUUGCAGAGCAAACACAGGGCUUCAUUUUCGGCGAUCUCAAACUGCUAUACUCAAAAGCCCUUCAAGCGGCUUCGUCGGAUAUCAAACUAUCCCUAACCCACUUCGAAAAGAGUCUGGAGGAAAUGCAAUCAUCCUUCUCCGACAGUUUGGGAGCUCCUAAGGUGCCCAAGGUGCUUUGGUCGGAAAUUGGAGGUUUGGCCAAGCUAAAAACGGAAAUUCAAAACAGCAUCGGUCUCCCACUGCGUCACAAGAAGCUCAUGGGAAAGAACAUGCGCCGUUCUGGUAUUCUUCUGUAUGGUCCACCCGGUACGGGAAAAACCCUCAUCGCCAAAGCCGUCGCAACGGAGUGCAAUUUAAGCUUCCUCUCGGUGCAAGGACCGGAAUUGCUGAACAUGUACGUCGGACAAAGUGAGCAAAACGUGCGGGAAGUUUUCUCUCGGGCACGAUCUGCUGCCCCGUGUGUGCUGUUCCUGGACGAACUGGACUCGCUGGCACCGAACCGGGGUGUUUCCGGAGAUUCCGGCGGUGUAAUGGAUCGAGUCGUCUCGCAGAUGCUCAGCGAGAUGGAUGGCAUUUCCAAAGGAUCGGACCCCACUCAGCAGAUCUUCAUCCUGGCGGCAACUAAUCGGCCCGAUUUGAUCGAUCCUGCCUUGCUGCGACCCGGACGGUUCGAUAAGCUACUGUACGUUGGACCCAGCACCACGAAGGAGGACAAGGAAAGUGUUCUGCAGGCGAUCACCAGCAAAUUUCACCUGGCCAAAGGGCUGACCUUGACGAAGAUUGCCGAAGGUCUAAAGCUGGACAUGACCGGUGCGGAUUUGUAUUCGAUUUGCUCGAACGCGUGGCUCAGUGCCGUGCGGAGGGCCAUUCGGGGCAUCAAAGACCCGAACAGCGAAGAUGGUCUCAGUCCGGAGGAUGUCGUUGUGAACGAGAGUGAUUUCAAAGUGGCCACGAAGAAAUUCAUCCCGUCGAUCAGUCCGGCGGAUAUGGAGUACUUCAACAGGUUGAGGAGUAAUUUUAGUGCGUGAUUGGUCGGUUUUAGGGGUUUGAAUUAAUUUAGCGUUGGUUUUAACCGGGUAUGAUUGUUGAUGGUGUGGAUAGGAGCAAUAUAUAUUUUUUUUA